AAACUGAGAUCCUUGUUUAUGUCCACUGAAUGGAAUGAGAGUGUCUAUGCAAAGGAAACUCUUGGGAAAGAAGUUGCGAGACACAUCAUUGGUCCAUAUUUUUGGAAUGACACUGUUCAAGCACUUAGAGUUGGUGGUCCUUAGUUAAUGUACUUUGUAUGGUGGAUGGGGAGAAAAAACCACCAAUGGGCUAUAUUUAUGAAGUCAUGGAUAGGGCCAAAGAAAGUAUUGAAAAGGCAUUCAAUUAUGAUGACAGAAAAUAUAUGAAUGUUUUCAAAAUCAUUGAUGCAAGGUGGACGGAUCAACUUCAUCAACCUUUACAUGCAGCUGGACAUAUUUCAAACCCGGGGCUCUAUUAUAAAAAUAAUGAGAUGAAGACUUUAACCAAAGAAGUGUGGUUGGGAUAUCAUGCAUGUGUUGAGAGGAUGAUCCUAGAUAAAACUUUGCAAGACAAAAUAGGGGAUGAGCUUGGUGUGUACAUGAAAGUUGAUGGGCUACUUGGAAUUGAGUCGGCCAUUAGAGCUAGAACCUUAAGGUCACCAGUUGAAUGGUGGAUGCAAUAUGAUCAUAAUGUCCCAAACUUGCAACAAUUUACUAUUAGAGUGCAAAGUUUAACUUUUAGCUCAUCUGGUUGCGAGAGAAAUUGGAGCGUGUAUGAACAUGUGAGAACCUAUAUUACGUUAUUACUAAAUUAA